AUGGUCGCCGAGACGCCCAACCUGAUCCCGUCGUUCGCGGGCACGAUCGAGCUGAACCCCGUCGAGCACGAGUGCUACGAGUUCAUGCUGGUGUGUCUGGGGUCCCUCAUCGGGAUCCUCGGAAGUGUUCCGUGCUGCAUCUGCUGCCCAAACCCAUUCAAGACCAUUUCACAGGGCCAGGUCGGGCUGAUAUCCAAGUUUGGCAAGUUCUACCGCUCGGUGGACCCGGGGCUCUACCGCCUCAAUCUGUGCACCGAGACGAUUCGGUCGGUCGAUAUCAAGAUCCAGAUCCAAGACAUUCCGCGCCAGAUCGUGAUGACCAAGGACAACGUUGGGCUGCAAAUCGACUCGGUCCUGUACUGGCACAUCGUCGACCCUUACUGCGCUGCGUUCAUGGUCAGUAACGUCCAGCGUGCGCUUAUUGAGCGCACCCAGACGACCCUACGACACAUCAUCGGCACUCGCUCGCUGCAGGACUGCAUCGAGCAUCGCGACACCAUCUCGCACGAGAUCCAGCAGAUCAUAUCGGAGCCGGCCCAGUCGUGGGGAGUCAAGAUCGAGAGCAUUCUGAUCAAGGACUUGCAGUUCAGCGCCGACCUGUUGGAGAGCUUGAGCGCAGCGGCCAAGCAGAAGAGAAUCGGCGAGUCGAAGGUGAUUGCUGCCAGGGCCGAAGUCGAGUCGGCUCGGCUGAUGCGAGAAGCAUCCGACAUCCUCAACACCCCCGCGGCAAUGCAGAUCCGGCAUCUGGAGACGCUGUGUGCGAUGGCAAAAGCAUCCAACACAAAGGUAGGCGAUUGA